AUGGCAGACGACCGUCUCGAGGAGCGGUUCGGGUCACGUCUUGUGCUUUGGCAAAAGCACAACCAGGGGCGUCUACCCGAAAAGAUUUUCAUUUUCCGUGACGGUGUUUCGGAGGGACAAUUCGCGACGGUCGAGAAUACGGAGCUGCCGUUGAUCCGCAAGGUAGCCUGGGGCAUCAGUAUGGUUUCCAUCGGCCACACGCCAGACUCUGAUAAUUUAGGCCUGCAAUCUGCCAGAUCUGCAGCCAACUCAACCGGAGAAGACGUCGGCGUCUACUUUGAUCGGGCUUUUUACGGAAGUCCAUCUCCCUACCACAAACCAAUGGACCUGGGUCCGAGGAGCUUGGUUCGUGAAGAAGGCUCAGUAGUAAUCGAAGUCAAUGACGGCUUGCAGAUCAGAACGAUAUAA